AGCUGCUGCCAGUCAAUUCCCUGACACAGCUACUCAUCCCAAGACGUCCGUUUCUAGGCAAUUGCCGCUCCUCGGUCGUCGCUCGUCGUCAAUCGGUCGUCGCUAGGCGGUUUCGCUUGUCGGUCGCGUUCAGGCGACUAACAGUCAUGAAGGUCAUGGACUUGCUAGUCCUGGCUCUUUGGCUAGUGGCUUCCGUUUCCGUUUCCAAGGCGUCACCGUCUCCGUCAUUCUGCUCCGCCGUCUCUUCUGAAGUAAUCUCGCCGUCGCCCGAAUCUCGCUCCCAUCUGCUUAUAGCGGGAGGCACUGUCGUUAACGCGGACGGCGAAUUCGCUGCAGAUGUUUAUAUCGAGGAUGGAACCAUCAAGCUCGUCCGCCCAAGCAUCAAGGUUCCAGACUGGGUUCAGAAAAUCGAUGCUUCUGGGAAGUACGUGAUGCCAGGUGGCAUCGACCCGCACACCCAUCUCGCCAUGCCCUUCAUGGGGACCGAAUCCUGUGACGACUUCUACUCCGGCCAGGCAGCAGCACUAGCCGGCGGAACCACCUUCCACAUCGACUAUGUGCUGGGCGCCACGCCUGCUGCUGGGGAAGACCUGCUGGGAAUUUUGGGGGAGUAUGAGGCGAAGGCGAAGGGCAAUGCAGUGAUGGACUAUGGGUUUCACAUGGGUGUUACGCGGUGGAGUGAGGCGGUGGAAAGGGAUAUGGAAGAGGUGGUGAAGCGAGGCGUCAACUCGUUCAAGUUCUUCAUGGCGUACAAGGGCGCCCUGCAGGUGGACGAUGAACAGCUGCUAGAGGGGUUCACGCGCUGCAAGCAGCUGGGAGCCAUUCCCCAGGUGCAUGCAGAGAACGGCGAUGCAGUGGUGUGGGGGCAGCAGCACAUAUUCAAUCUUGGGAUCACCGGACCAGAAGGCCACCCCCUAUCCCGCCCUCCUGAGGUGGAGGAGGAGGCCACUGGCAGAGCCAUUCGGCUGGCCAAUGUGGUGGGAGUGCCGCUGUACGUGGUGCAUGUGAUGAGCGCUGGCGCCGCACGGGAGGUGGCAGAGGCCAGGCGGAGAGGGCAGCGCGUGGUGGGAGAACCAGUGGUAUCGGGAAUUGCUCUCAACGACUCGCACCUCUGGUCCCCUGACUUCAGUCAUGCUGCUCAGUUCGUCAUGAGUCCACCCAUCCGCUCAGCAGAGCACGUGGCAGCAGUCAAAGCAGCUCUUGCCACGGGCACCCUGCAGCUGGUAGCCACUGACCACUGCCCCUUCAACUCCUCUCAGAAGGCGCGUGGUCGGCAUGAUUUCCGUCUCAUUCCCAACGGAGUGAAUGGCAUAGAGGAGCGCAUGCAUAUCACAUGGGAUGUGAUGGUGAAUUCGGGUCUCAUGUCACCUAGUGAUUAUGUCCGCAUCACAAGUACAGAGUGCGCCAAGAUAUUCAACCUGUACCCACUGAAGGGGGUGGUGGCGGAGGGGUCAGAUGCUGACCUGAUAGUCUUGAAUCCGCGUGGCAGCACCAGCAUCAGUGCUGCCACUCACCACUCGCGCAUCGACACGAAUGUCUACGAGGGGUGGAGAAUGAAGGGCAACGUGGAGGUGACAGUGAGCCAGGGCACGGUGGUGUGGCAGCACGGGCAGCUCAACGUCACCCGGGGAGCGGGCAGAUUUGUGCCAAUGCGGCCGUUUGGGCCGCUUUUCCACGGCAUACAAGAGAGGGAUGCUGGGUGUGCAGCAUCGUACAGAGCACCAGUGAGGAGAGACGGGGAUGGGAGUGCUGGCGUAGCUGCGGUUUAGAGUGCAGGCAGAUUCGUGCCCAUGCGGCCAUUUGGUGUGCUUUUCCAUAGCAUGCCGGAGAGGGGCGCUGGGCAUACAGCAUCAUACAGAGCGCCAGUGAAGAGACAUGGGGAUGGGAGUGCUGGCGUAGCAGCAGCUAAGAGUACAGGCAGAUUCUUGCCCAUGCGACCAUUUGGCGAGGUCUACUGCUCAUCUUUGUUUUAGUAGUACAUCUACAAGAAGACAGCAUUGUAGUACUGCAAUAUUGACAAACAAAGAAGCCUGGUUUUUUUGCAGGGCGGUCCGCAGCACGAG